AUUUCCUCAUUCUCUUUCUUCUACUCUUUCGCAUUCUUCAGUCUCCAUCUCCUUCCGUUGCAGCUUCUCCCUCUGAUCAUCGCUACCAUAUUCGGGAUCAUCUCCCAUUUUUUGUCAACACAGUUGGACCCUUCAACAAUCCCAGUGAGACAUACGAAUACUAUGAUUUGCCAUUCUGUCAACCAGAACCAAUUGUGAGAAAGAAGGAGUCCCUUGGUGAAGUUCUCAAGGGGGACCGUUUGUGCAAUGCUUUGUUUGAAUUCAAGUUCAGGGAGAACAAAAUUGAUGAGACAUUGUGCCAAAAAUGGAUUAAUGUUGAUGAGGUUGCAAGCUUCAAGGAAGCUAUUAACCGUGACUACUACUUCCAGUUUUACUUGGAUGACCUUCCAUUUUGGGGGUUUAUUGGGAAGCUUGAGGAGGAUAGCUGGAGUCCUGCUGGGGGAGGGACAAAGUAUUACCUUUUUACGCAUGUUCAAUUUGAUGUUCUUUUCAAUGGAGACCAAGUCAUAGAAGUGAAUGCAUUUGGUGAUCCGAAUCGCGCCAUUGAUAUAAGUAAUGAUGUUGAUGUUGAUGUUAAGUUCACUUAUUCAGUUACCUGGAAUGCAACUGCACUGCAUUUUGAGAACAGGAUGGACAGAUACUCAAGAACUUCUUUGCUGCCGGUGUAUAGUCAAGUUCAUUGGUUCUCAUUCAUUAACUCAACCAUCAUCAUUUUGCUCUUGGUUGGUUUACUCGCCCUUCUAUAUACACGGCAGCUGAAGAGUGAUCUGAAAAAGUUUUCUAAUGCGAAUGAAGAAGACAAGGAGGUUGGAUGGAAAUCCAUCCAUGCCGAUGCAUUGAGACAUCCUCCAAACUCAUCCUUACUUUUUGCUCUUGUGGGAAUUGGAACCCAGUUGCUAAUCUUGCUUUUUGUCUUGCUAUUUCUAGCAUUUAUUGGAACCCUCUAUCCAUACAGUCGUGGAGGACUGUUGAAUUACCUUGUUCUGCUAUAUGCUCUUUCGACUGUUUUUGCUGGGUACUCAUCAGCAUCCUUCUAUGGCCAGUUUGUUGGAAAUGGAUGGGAAAGGAGUAUUAGUUUAGCAGCGAUUCUUUACACUGGACCAGUUUUUGUCGUAGCCUCUAUCCUCAACAUUAUUGCAAUAUCUUAUGGUGCCACAACUGCUCUCCCAUUCAGCUCCAUCAUUGUGAUUCUUGUUAUAUUCAUAGUCCUUGCUAUCCCCUUGCUCGUGUUUGGUGGAGUUGUUGGAUACCGCUUUAGAAUUGAGUUUCAAGGCCCUUCUUCGACAAAGAGAUAUCCUAGGGAGAUUCAACAGCUUGCUUGGUAUAGGAGAACACCAUUUCAAAUGUUUAUCGGUGGUCUUGUGCCCUUUAGUGCAAUUGUCUUGCAGUUACAUCAGGUGUAUGCUAGUAUGUGGGGCUACAAAAUAUACCAUUGUGAUAAUUGCAUUCGUCAAUAUUGGCUUGACAUACAUUCAAUUAUCUGUGGAAGACCAUGAAUGGUGGUGGAGAUCUGUGUUGUGUGGCGGCUCAACAGCCAUUUUCAUGUUUGGAUAUUGCAUCUACUUCUAUGUGAGAUCAAAUAUGAGUGGAUUCUUGCAGCUAUCCUUCUUUUUUGGCUACAAUGCAUGUUUUUGCUAUGCUUUCUUCCUAAUAUUUGCCUCCAUUAGCUUCCGAGUUUCGUUGCUAUUUGUUCGCCAUAUAUACCAUGCUGUUAAGAGAGAGUGAGACAUGUUCCUGUCGUCUAGUCUCCUACCUCAGAACCACAAAGGGACUGCCCCCAGAAAGUGAAAUAUACUUGGCUUGUUUUAAUGGUGUUCCUUCAUUGAUUUCUUUAACAAGAACAUUUGUGCUGACAGUGUAUCUUCAAACUUAUUUUUGUAAUCAAAUUGAAAACAAAUACAGGCAAA